CAGCGCGCACCUUAAUUUCGAUCACGUUCCCCUGCUUUGCUUAUCUCCCUCACUCCUUUCUUUUCUGCAAACCCAAACUCUCUCUUUUCAUUCCUUUCACCAUUCCCUUUCUUUCUCGCUUCACACCUUUUUCCACGUUGCUUUUUAAACUAAGUAGCAUCCAUUAUUACUCCUGUCAAUUACGCCACUAUAUUCACGUUUAACUUUACUUGAGCUCCAUCUCAAUCUCAAUUACGUGCAUUUCAGUUUUUCCGCUUCCUUCUAAAAUCCACCAUCACUGAAUAAUCCAGAUAAACAUACAUACACAAGCGGCGAGAGAGAGAUGAACAUCUUCUUCGUCGCUUUGGUGUUGUUGUGUGUAGUGACAGUAGCAGCUCCAUGGCGCGUUGUCUCAGAAGAUAAUGAAGAACAACACAGGCUUCUGGUGAACAUGACUUUCGUUAAGAACGCUCGUGCCGGCGGUGCUCUUUGUUUGGACGGGAGUUUACCGGCUUAUCACUUGCAUAGGGGAUUUGGAGCUGGACUCAAUAACUGGCUUCUACAGUUCGAGGGAGGUGGGUGGUGCAAUGAUUUGCCAUCAUGCUUGGAGAGAGCACAGUCUCGCAGGGGCUCAACACGUUACAUGACCAAGUUCGAAGUCUUCUCUGGUAUUUUAAGCAGCAAUGCCUCCCAAAAUCCAGACUUCUACAAUUGGAACCGUGUUAAGCUGAGAUAUUGUGAUGGAGCUUCAUUCACUGGAGACGCUAUCUUCGAUAAUGGGACAACAAGGCUUCAUUUCAAAGGGCAAAAGAUUUGGGAAGCUAUCAUUCAUGAUCUGCUACCAAAAGGUCUAGGAAAGGCACGCAAGGCUUUGCUUUCAGGCUGUUCUGCUGGAGGUUUAGCAACCUUUCACCAUUGUGACAACUUUGCCAAAUACUUGCCAACAAAUGCCAGUGUUAAAUGUUUGAGCGAUGCCGGUUUUUUUCUUGAUGGAAGAGAUGUGAGUUUGAACCACACUAUGAGAUACUUUGUCAAAAGUCUUGUUACGUUGCAGGGGGUAGAGAAGAACCUGAAUAGAAACUGCACCAGUACGCUGUUCUUUCCAGACUUGUGCUUCUUUCCACAAUAUGUGUUGAGAUACAUAUCAACUCCUUAUUUUAUCUUGAAUUCCGCCUAUGAUGUAUUCCAAUUCCAUCAUACAUUGGUGCCACCUUCUGCUGAUAUGCAUGGACACUGGAACAAGUGCAAGUUGGACCCAGCAGCAUGCACACCACUCCAAAUCGCCAUAUUGCAAGCUUUUAGGCUCGACAUGCUUGCAACUUUGAGACCUUUUGCAAUCUAUUCGGGAAGAGGAGGAAUGUUCAUAAACUCAUGUUUUGCUCACUGCCAAAGUGAAUCACAAGAUACGUGGUUUGAAGAUGAUUCCCCAAGAAUAAACAACAAGACGAUUGCAGAAGCAGUUGGUGAUUGGUAUUUUAGCAGAACAAGAAGCAAGGAAAUAGACUGUCCAUACCCAUGUGACACAACUUGUCACAAUCUUAUACCAUAUCCUCGUGGCCAAUAGAAGAUUAAAUUCAAAAGUUUCCAGCUCUUACACCAGCUUUCCUGCCUCUCACAGUAAAGCUAUUCUCUAAGAAAGGGUUUAAGGACCAUUUUUUCAAGUACAGAAGAUACACAAGUACACAGUAGAUGCUAGGCAGAUAGAAAAUUCUUUAAUAGGAACAACGAAAGGAUGAUAAAGAAUUCAUGAUAGCAUAUCAUUUGAAUGAUUGUUUCUCAAUUAUUUGCAUUUAUCAAAAUAUAUUUUUUAUUUAAUCAAAAUUGGUUGGUUACUGAAUCUUAUCUUUUCUGGGGAAUAUC